GACUUAUGGCACUUCUUUAACUUAGUAAGCACUUUACCACAAUUUCAUAAGGGUUUCUAUAACGUUAGAGUUGGGUAAAACUGUUAUAGCUUCUUAAAGGUCGAACUUUGAGAAUUUGUUGAGAAAGAUAUCGAGUUUUGCAAAAACGACUAAAACUUUAAAAAAUGUGUUUUAUAUCCUUGAAACAGUUUCAGGGUCUAAUCUAUUAUAUAACAUUGUUAGUUGUAACUGUACUAGCAGGGACUUCGUCUAGCUCUACCUGGUGCUCGCGAGACGAACUAGCUUUAUACAGAGUCACAAUGCAAACGUUUUGGUCUGUAAAAAGUUUCCCCAAACAGUAUCCUCACUGGAGACCACACGCUCAAUGGUCUAAAGUUAUUGGGUGCGCGCACAACGAUUAUUUCAGUCUGUGGACGCUAGGGGGCGUGGCAUCUGACGGAUUGAAGAUGUUUGUUGAGACCGGCACGUCAGAUGAUCUGAUUGACGGUCAUUCCCAAGGAAAAGAAGGGGUUUUAGAUGUCUUUUCCGCACCAGCAAUAUCAACGGGAGUUGGAGAAACAGAAGUGAAUGUAUUUCUUGACGGCAAUCAUACUAAGGUGUCGUUGAUAUCAAGAAUUAUCCCAAGUCCUGAUUGGUUUGUCGGGAUUGAUAGCUUGGAUCUGUGUUCUGGAGGGAAUUGGAUCGACACACUACGAGUUGAAGUAGGCCCAGUAGACGCUGGAACGGACGCUGGAUUUACAUUCACCGCUCCAGAUUGGGAGUCAAAACCGAGACUAAAAAUAUCUCAAAUCACAACACAUCACCCAAGCCACCCAGCAAACUCUUUCUACUACCCUACGUUGCGAAAACUACCCCCUCUAGCGGCUUUUCAUUUCACUAAAGUUAGUGUUUACAAUCUCAACGAAACAAUGUUUGUUGGAGGCGCCAACAACAGUCAGUCAGCCACAGAGGAAACUGUAGACCAAAGAGAUAAUCAAGACCAACAGGAGACGCUAAAUGAAACAGAUGUUUCUCAAGAUAAUAAUCAAAACUCUAUAGAAGAAUCAUCAGAAAUCCUUUAUGGAAAUAGUCCACCUCACGAUUUGUCAGACGACCCAACACCAUCUAAAUUUCGUAUUGACAGGUUAAACAAACUAAUUAAAAAAAGGAACAGAAUACGGUUUGAAAAAUUGCGGCGUCAUCGCCCUCGACCAUGCAAGGUUAGCCAAUGGUCAGAUUGGAGCAACUGUUCGAGGACCUGUGGAUUUGGAUAUAUGACGAGAGUCAGAAAAAUCAUCAGAAAACCUAAACAUGGAGGAAAACCAUGUCCUAAGCUGGUCGCUACCAGAUGGUGUGGAAGUGCUAGAAAUUGUCGCUCUUUGGAAAACAACUACUUUAGAUGGUGAUUAAUCCUAACAAGACGCAGUAUUGCUGGAAAUUAUUAUGCUUUAGUAGGUCUUUAAAAUGGCAAAAUGUGUUUGAAAUAUUACGAUAAUUAAUUUUUAGUGAAUCCUAUUUCAGAUCAUUUCCACAAGAUGGCAUAGCAUCACAGACAGAAACUUAUCCCAAACUGUAGAAUUUCUGCUGGUAAUUAAUGAACAUUGUAAAAGCUAUUCUCAAAAAACUUUGAUACCAGGUUACAGUUACAUCCCAGGUCACAGGUACACCAAUACUGAUUACAUGCGAUUACAUGCAAUCAAGUCUAGAGGGAAAAAGUUAAUAAAAACCAGAUAAAAAAGUAAUAUUAUAUUUGAAUGAAGCUUCUUGAAAAUUUUAGGGUCAACAGAAAAACAAAAUAUGAUAAUUUUUUCUUUCUAGCAGUCUUUUACACCUUCUCUUUACGUUUAGUACAGACUAUGCAUUCUAGCCCACCUUCUGAUUCUGUUCGUAAAUCUAAUCAGUCUUUAACAGUAAGUAAAUGCAAUAGAGUAAUAGAACAUUGAAAAUUUUUGUAUAACUAUUUACACAAAUAUACAUUAAUUUUAGAAACUGAAUUGUUAGCGGGUAAUUGCAGUUUUAAUAAAGAAGAUCAAGAAAGUUUUGAUUUGAUCCAAGAAAAUUUAAUAUUUCUGUCUUAUUUAAUAGGAGAUUAAUGAACCCAUUUGAUCCAUUGUAAUUAUUUAAAUGAUUUCUUCAGUUUGUUGUUCCAUCGGUAAUGAUUAUAUUUCAUAUAAAUAGUAAUUGAUUUCAAAUAAAAUUCUAAUUGCCAAAGAUGGAUUAUACUUUAAUCUGAAUCGACAUUAAUAAAUGUUGUUUUCUAUUUUUUAUGUGUUUUUUCAAAGAAGAAAAACACAAUAAAAUUGCUUACUUUUAACCUGCUGAUAGAAGACAGUUUGAAUGAGUGAAUACAGGGAAAAUUAAAUGUUUUAGACUGGAUAGAUACACCACAAGAAAUCAUAACUGAUAUUAUGUUAUUAGAACUGUUGUGCUUUUAACCAGUAGAUGAUAUAAACGAGGUAUACCCUGUUCCUAUUGGAAGUCAUAUCCCACCGAUCUCGCAAAGAAAAAUAACUAAGGUUAUAAACUGAAACCAGAAACAUUAAAUAAAUUAAUGUUGAAGUAUUAAUGUUAUACUUAAGUGUAGUAUGAAAGUGCCCUGUCUUAUUGUAGUUGUGUGCUUAUUUAAUGUACUGUCUCUGUUGUUAAAUAGACUGUUUUGUAUACAAAUGUCAACUAUAUAAUGCUAUAGUUGUGCAUAUCUAACCACUUUAUAAAGGCUUUUUUAAAGCAACACAGAUAAGUUGUAGUUAUACUGUAAAAUAUCGCUUUAAAGGGACAGAAAAAUAAAAUA